ACCACCACCCUCUGGCAACCCCAAGUCGGCACGACCUGGCAAAUCAUCUUGACGGACCCCCUCGACCCCAGCACGAUCGACAGCACGACGGAAGUCUACGACAUCGACCUGUGGCUCAACGACGCCGCCACCAUCGCCGACCUGCACGCCCAGCACCGCAAAGUGAUCUGCUACUUCUCCGCCGGCAGCCAUGAGGCCUACCGCCCGGACACCGCCGCCUUCCCGGCCGCCGCUCUCGGCAAUGUUCUGGCUGGCUGGCCCAACGAGAAAUGGCUCGACAUCCGGUCCGCGGACGUGCGCCGCGCCCUCGCCGCCCGGCUGGACCUCGCCGCCCAGAAGGGGUGCGACGGCGUCGACCCGGACAACGUGGACGGGUAUGACAACGACAACGGCCUGGGGCUGACGGCCUCCGACGCGGUCGAGUUCGUGGGGUGGUUGGCGGCGCAGGCGCACGCGCGCGGCCUGGCGGUGGGGCUGAAGAACGCCGGCGGGAUUGUUGCGGACGUCAUCGCCGAUAUGCAGUGGUGUGUCAAUGAGCAGUGCGUCGAGAUGGAGGAGUGCGAGACCUACGCCCCCUUCGUGGCCCACGGCAAGCCCGUUUUCCAUAUCGAGUAUCCCAAGGGCGAGGAGAUGGUGAGUCGCGUCGCGGUCGCGGCGGCGCAGCGGGACAUGGUUUGUGCCGGCGAGGGCGCCGUCGGGUUUUCGACGGUGAUUAAGAAUAUUAAUCUCGAUGCUUGGGUGGAGGUUUGUUAG